AUGCUAGGCGCGGCCUUCAUGAGGAAAGCGUUGGACUUCUGCCGCAUCAGGGAGGUAGUCCCAGUAAUGUCAAAACACAGUAGUGGCCACCUUUGGGACUACAAGGAGUCCUGGGAAGAACUGAAGAUGUCUCCUGGAUUGAAGGUGAAUCCAGGGAAUUUGGGCUGGCAUGUUUUUGUGAUCCCUACGAUAGCAGGGAAGGGAUUGGGGGGGUUCAUGUUAGAGAGGCAAGCGAUUGAAUAUGAUCCAAAUUAUAUCAAAGACUUUCUAAUGAGAUACCCCAAGAUUCAACUACGGAUGGAAGGUUACAGCAAGGAGCUACGAGAGAUUGUGGAUGGCAUUGACAAGCGUCACAAAGAUGCCACAAUUGCGAAUAUCACAGGGUCUUCUGCAGGUGUUGUAGGAGGAAUUCUCAGCAUUGCUGGAUUAAUUGCUUCUCCUUUCACAUUUGGUGCCUCAUUGGUCCUCACUGCCAUGGGAAUUGGUGUGGGUGCAGCUGGUGGUGCCACUAACAUUGGAGCCACUGUCACUGAUAAUGUUAUACAAAAGGUUAAACAGAAAAGAGUGAGAGAGAUCAUAGAACAAUAUGAAAAAGACAGCAAAGCCAUGUCUAACAGUUUAAAUCAGGUCCACCAUAUAAUUGAAUAAUUGAUUGAAGGCAGAGUGAAAAAUAUACCAAAAUGCUUACUGAUUGGUGGAACUCAGACAUUCAGCAAAUCCUUGAAUACUAUUGCUGUAGUGACUUCAGCAGCGACCAGACAUGCUUUAAAAGCAUUCAAAGCUGUUUCAGGAAUUCUGUCAGGGCUCCUCAUGUUUUGGGAUAUCUAUGCUUUAGUGAAGGAUGCACAGGAACUUCACAAAGGAAGUAAGACUGAAGUUGCUCAAAAGAUACAUGAAGCAGCUGGACAUAUAGAGGAGGAAAUACAACAUUAUGAAAAGGUUUAUGAAGAACUGGUGCAAAAUUUCAAUUCUGCUUCCGUGGGUUUUCCAGUGGGAGUUACCCGUAGCAGGAUAUUGCCAGAGAAAGAGGAAGAGGCUCACCAAAGCGAUGCCAUGUGGGUCAGGCUGCUCCAUGUGCUUUUCUUACCCAUUAGCACAUCUGUACUCUCAUCAGCAGAGAGAAUACUGUACCUGGAUGACAUCCUGAUCACACGAUCAAUGGAAACUGAGCAUUUGGCCAACCCAGAAGAGGUUUUAAGGAGAUUUUUGGAAACUGGUGUACGAUUGAAGAAAGAGAAGUGCAUUUUUCAAGCGACUGAAGUCACUUACUUGGGUCACCAAGUGGACGCCCAGGGGUUGCAUCCAGUGGUGGAGGAACUGGACACGAGUACACACCUUCAGGCAUCAUCUGGGAUAAAUAUCUUGAAUGCAGACGCACUCAGUUGUCUCCCAUUACCAGGGAGCAUUCGACAUGCUCUUGUACCACAAGAAGCUGUACUUGUGUUGAAUUUCUUGGAUUCUUCACCAGUAUGCGUGAAGAAGAUUAAAAUGGUUCUUGGACCCCAGAAUUACCAGAACAAAAUGCAUGCAGCAAACAGGGUUUGGCUCAACCUUCAUUCAUUCACUGAACCACAGUACAAGCCCCUUUACGAUUUGACUGAAGUUUACAUUCGGCUGGUUGUUGCCACUGUUGACUAUGAUAAUAAUGUUUUUGGGAAAGCGUCCUUUAGCAGUUUAGUCAAAUAUUCAGAGCUAGCUGCACCACUGGCCAAGCUUUUCCCAUGCAACAAUGUAGAAAAUUGCCGAGGGUCCCCAGGCACUGGAGACCUCCAUCUUCCCUUCCGAUCUCUGCAAGCUCCCCGGUCCUUCUUGCAGAAGAUCCAGGUGGCAGAUGCUCCACCCAGCCAUUGCUAUACGUGGCAUUCCAGGGUCCCCAGGCACUGGAGACCUCCAUCUUCCCUUCCGAUCUCCGCAAGCUCCCCGGCUCUUCUUGCAGAUACUGAUCCAGACACAGUGAAGUUCAGGAGAAAGAAGACCAUGGAGAAUGUUAAGCAGCAUCUCAUCAAAUUCGGUGUUUAUAAAGAGAAGGUUACAGGAUACAUCACAAAUCUACGAACGAUUGCAGAUGGUAUUGACAGUUUUCACAAAGAUGCCACCAUUGCAAAUGUCACAGGGUCAUCUGUAGGUAUUGUAGGAGGAGCUCUGAGCAUCGCUGGAUUAAUUGCUGCCCCUUUCACAGCAGGAGCCUCAUUAAUCCUCACUGGGGUGGGUUGUGGGGUCGGCGUAGUUGGUGGAGCCACUAACAUUGCAGCCAGUGUUUCUGAUACUGUUAAACAAAAAAAUAACCUGAAGACAGUAAAGAGCAUUGUGGAAGAAUAUCAAAAAGAGAACAAAAUUAUGUCAGACAGUUUAAACAAUGUUUGCCAGGCAAUUGAAUCAUGGAUUAAAGGUAGUGAGAAAGACAUACCACAAAAUAUUUUUGUCGGUACGUCUGCGGCUGUCAUGAAAAGCUUGAGUACUGUUAGUGUGGUGUCCUCAGUAGUGACCAAAAGCAGUUUAAGAGCACUCAAAGCUGCUUCAGGAGUUCUGGCAGGGCUCCUCGUGGUGUGGGAUUUCUAUUCUAUGGUGUCAGAUGCAAAGGAUCUUUACAAAGGAAGCAAGACUGAAAUUGCCAAAAACAUACGUGAAGCAGCUAAAACUAUAGAGGAGGAACUGAAUGAAUAUGAAAAAGUUGACAGUGAGCUGAAAAAAACUUUCACAUUUCAAUAAUGGCUGAGAGGUGGAAUCUGUCAAUAUUCGAAACAACUCUCCCUAAAUUAUUAGGAACAUUUCACAUUCCUUGUGGAUGUAAGUAGUCAUCAGAUUUUAGUUUAACUUGACCAUUUUUAGACCACUCUCAUUUUGUAUCCACUGUAACAAAUUGGCAAGGCCAAGGAAGCCAUUUUGAUUCUAACAUAGGGCUAAAGAAGACAUUUUGAAUUCUGCAUUCUGUACAAACAACUGUAUUAAUCAAAACUACUCUAUUAAGAUAGUCACCAGUCAGAAAUAAUGAUUGAGCAAGUAGUGAGCCUUAAUUGAGUUACAAUUAAUGAACUAGUGAUGAAUCAAUAAAUAUAUUAGAAAGACUGGGUUUAACUU